UAUGCGGAUUCUGUUCCGAUGUAAGCUUCUCUUCCAAGCGCAGAUUCACCGCUGGAAGAUAAGGCAAUUCUGCCUCGAUCUGGUAAAGCGAUGCACGAACUGGACACGCCCUGCUGAAGACUAAAAGCGCCAUUGCAUCGGCCAGACCGACCUCACUUUGCCAAGCUGGCACUUGAGAAGCCACGAGGCUGCUUGCCCGUUGACCUUCGAGGACUGCUAAUCUAUUGUACCAUGCUGACUCUGAUCAUUUUUGCGGCAUCGCUGGCGGCGGCUUUUUACCAGUUCAUCGUCCAGCCGCUGUACCUGGACAGACUGAGCAAGAUCCCGGGACCCAAACUAUACGCCCUGACUAAAUGGCGACUGGCCCUCGAGGAAUGGCGAGGCGCUCGAACCCGGACUAUCGACGCUCUACACAAUCAGUACGGACCUGUGAUCCGCAUAGGACCGAAUGAGAUCCAUUGCAACAGCUUGGCAGCUCUGCGAACCAUCUACGGAGCCGGCAGUGGAUAUGGACGGACUUCUUUCUAUCGGAUGUUCGAUGCCUAUGGAAAGCAGAAUCUCUUCACUUUCUACUCGAACAAGGCGCACGGAGACCGCAAGAAGUUGGUCGCCAAUGCUUACUCCAAGUCUGUCAUUCUCAAAGGGCCCACGGCCAGCUUGGUGCGGGAGAAGGUCUCGCAGUACAUGUCUCUGAUCGAAGAGGGCGGUACUAAGCCUCAUGAGAUCUUCAGCAGUCUCCACUACUACUCCAUUGAUAGCAUUACGCACUUCCUCUAUGGUUCCAAGUUUGGGGGGACAUCAGCUUUGACAGGGAGUACAGCGGACCGCAAACUUCUCCAGGACAUUCUCGAUCCUACUCGUCGCCGCUUGAGCUGGUUCGCUGUCCACCUGCCCGCUCUGACUAAGUGGCUAUAUACACGGACCGGGUCCAUGGAGAGGCUCGUGAAGCCGCUGCUACCUAUGCAAAAACCUGCCACGUACAGCGGCAUCCGGAAACAUGCGCUGGACGCAUACUGGGGAUUUGAGAAAGCAGCUACCGCGGAGCCUUCGGCCACUCUUGCGGACCCAACGAUCAUCACGCAGCUCUGGAAGUCACACGAGAGGGUCAAAGCAUCUGGUGCAGGUGCUUUAGACUCGCUCGACAUCGCCUCCGAGUGUGCAGAUCAUCUACUCGCUGGCAUCGACACCACCGCUGAUUCUCUGAUGUUUCUUGUAUGGGCAGUCUCAAGGCCACAGCAUGAAGCACUUCAGCGUCGCUUGAUCGACGAACUUCGAUCGCUGCCAGAAGACGAGCUGGAAGACGGCGUGCCCAAGCUAGAGACCCUCGAUACGUUGCCGGUCUUGAACGCGGUCAUCAAGGAGACUCUACGGCUUUAUUCUCCACUGCCUGCUUCAGAACCUCGCUCGCUGGGUGUGGAUCGUACUGUAGACGGCUACGAUAUCCCAGCCGGAACGACCAUCAGCAUGUCACCAUACUCGCUGCAUCGCAACGAGGAGGUGUUCAAAGAUCCAUUGACAUUCAACCCUGAUCGCUGGUUGAACAGCUCGCUUGAGGAAGUGGCCGAGAUGAAUCGCUGGUUCUGGGCAUUUUCGUCGGGCGGGAGGAUGUGCAUUGGACUGCACCUCGCCAUGGCUGAAAUGACAGCUUUGGUGGCUGCUGUGUAUCGCGAGUACACGACUUCGAUCGCACCAGGUUUUGAGAACAAGACUCCUGCGAUCACGUCGAGGUUCGAGAUGUUCUAUGAUGUGACGGUGCCGGAGAUUGCGGAGCAUGAGUGCAUGAUUACGUUCGAGCGGCAUUGA